AUGGAAGAGAACAAUCCUAAAAGGAAUAAACAAAAGAGUUUUACUAGAGAAGAAUUGCUGAAUAAGGAUAAAAAUGAACUAGUUGAAAAAAUAAUUGCGUUAGAAAAAUAUAAUCUCGAUUUAAAAAAUAUUAUAAGGAAAAAAGGCGAGAAAAGCGAGGCAAAACACGGAACAAAAUCUCCCAAAAAUUUUGAUUUUACCAAGUGCCACUACCGUCGCAUCUUACUAAGGAUUCUAUACUUUGGCUGGGAUUACCAGGGAUUCGUUGUCCAAGAUGAUACCAACCAGACAAUAGAACACCAUCUCUUUCAUGCACUCACUAAAUCCUGUUUAAUAGAAUGUAGGGAGAAGUCUAAUUAUCAUCGGAGUGGUAGAACAGACAAGGGUGUCAGUGCUUUUGGACAGGUAAUAUCAAUAACAAUACGCAGCAAAUUUCCAGUGGAUCAGCAGUAUACUCUUACAGGCUUAAAGGAAGAGAUACCUUAUUGUAAAAUAUUAAAUAGGCUGCUACCCAAAGACAUAAGAGCAGUUGCUUGGAUGCCUAUACCUUUGGAUAAACCCCAAUAUAGUGCAAGAUUUGAUUGCACUAAACGUCAAUACAAAUACUACUUUCCCCGGUCUACUCUAGACAUAGAGGCGAUGCGCGAAGCCUGUGGUCGUCUAUUAGGAUCCAAUGACUACCGCAACAUGUGCAAGAUGGACGUUGGCAAUAACGUGACGCAGUACCGACGGGAGCUGGUGAAAGCAGAACUGAUACCGGUUACAGAUAGUGAUACUGAACAUCCAACGGCAAUGUACUAUCUUCUGAUAGAAGGUAAUGCCUUCCUUUGGCAUCAGAUCCGCUGCAUAAUGGGGGUACUGUUACUAAUAGGACAGGGGAAAGAAAGUCCUGAGAUUAUCACCGAACUGUUGAACGUUGAGAAGAAUCCUAGGAAACCUCAAUAUAGUAUGGCGUUGAAUGUGCCUCUAAAUCUGUUCCGUUGCUCAUUCGAUUUGGAUGGUACGUGGAUACAAGACAGGGACGAACUCCGUAUGGUUAUAACACAGUUGCAGAAUGAGUGGAGCCUGAAGACCAUACAAUCAACAAUGAUAAAAGAUGUGAUCAAUGAAUUAGAAGAACAAUUAUCUGUGACAGAGACAGAACACAGCAGCGGCGUAAGGAGUAACAAAGACAGAGUCGUAGCAUAUACCGACUGUUUGCUGCAAGGUGUCAAGCCUAAAGUGUAUACGCCUUUAAUGAAAAGGAGUACUUGUUCCAGCUUAGAAGACCGCAUAGAACACUAUGCGAAGCGAAGAAAAUUGAAGAUGUAG